GUUUGGCCUAGAUGGGUUUCAGCUUGUCCAUCUGCGGACUGGUUCAACUGGCUUCGUCACUCUUGGUGCUGGACCUCGCAUCUUUGGACUCUUUGCUUUUGGUUCAAAGCUUUGUUCGCGUCAGCCUCACGGUCUUGGCCUUCAGCUUCGUUCACUUCGAGCCUUCCUUUUUCAUCCGAUCCACGGCACACUUGGACUUGGUGCUUCCACUCAGCGGCGUUUGUUGCUUGGGCAACCAAUUCUCCAAUCGACUGGUCACCAUGAGCUCGUUCGUGUCAAUUCAAUGUUAUGGCGUCUUGACCAAUGCUUUGCCAGCAGUGGGUGUCAAUCACUUGGGCCUGUUGAUGUCUCCACAAAGCCUCGCUUGUUUGGCACCUUCGAUCUUGACAGCUCAAUUGGCGCAUUUGGAAUCCUUCAUGCUUUUGCAGCAACUUGCUCAUAUCAACUUCACACUUUUGGCCUUGGGUUCUCUUCGUUUGGGAUUUUGUCCCUUGGCAUGUGAUGGUGCAGCCUCAGGCUCCUCGCUUCUGACUCGCAGCUUCGCACAGCUGGGUCUCUCUUUGUCAGCUCUCAGCUUCACCUCCAUGGACUUCUCGUCGCUUUUGCGGGGAUUCGCAUGUCUGGGCUUGCCGGCCUUCGUCUUCGGCCUGCUCCGCAUGGGCUCGGCCUCGUUGGUCCUUGACGCCCUUCAGAUGAGCUCAUUGAUGUCGAUCCAAAGCCUUGCACAGCUGGACUUGUCGGUCUUCAUCGUGGACUUCGUGGCCUUGGACUUCUCCUCGUUGGCACGGUCCUCUGUGUGAACUGGUUCCGCCCUCUUGGCCACGGGGGUCAUGAAAAGUGAGAUCGGCUAUGAACUCUCAGUGAUUGGCCGCUGUCGCUUGGGCUUCCCCUUGUCCUUGCGAUCACUUGCACGAUUGGACGUGCUGGUGUUGACUGUGGGCUUCGCAGCCGUCGGCUCGUUCAUGUCCUUGCGAUGCCUCAAACGAUCAAACUUCAGCAUGUUUGCACUGGGCAUGUCACGAAUGGGAAGCUUCGUGUCGACCGCAGACCUCAGCCAAUCAGAGUCCACCACAUCCGCCAACAAUGAUGCGAGCUCCGGCGUGGUGCUUUCGGUCUUCGGCGCAAAGCAUUUGGGCUUCCCGCUUUUGGCGCAAAGUCAUGCACGUCUCGAACUGGCACUUUUCAUACUAAAGGCUGGUGUAGUGGGAUCCUUUCUGCCACCACACAGUUCUGUGAGAUCAAACAGUUUCCUGUCAGUCUUGGGUAUGGCUUGCAUGGACUCCAUGUUGCCAACUUUGGACUAUGUGGCUUUUGGCUCCAUGGCUUUCUUGCAAAGUUACGCUUACCUCGGUUUGGCCGCCUUCAUCACCGACUUCACCGGCUUUGACUCCACCUCGUUGCUCAAGAGCUUUGUGCAUCUCGCACCAGUGCUGUUUGUUGUGGAUUUUGCUACGUCAGGCCCAUCGGCAUUCUUGCAAAACUACGCUUGCUUGGCCAGCUUGGCUUCCAUCUUGGGCCUGAGCAAGGUGGACUUCACGCUUUUGGCACUGGACCUUGUGCACCUCGAGUCUCCUUUGCUGGCGCGAAGUUGUGCCAGAUUUGGCUUUGCCAUCUUCAUCGCCGACUCCAUGAUCUCAGGCUUUCCAUCAUCUGCUCGAUGCUUCAGCCAGUCUGAACUCGCUUUGUUGGUUCUGGACUUCUUGCAUUUGGACAGCCCCACGUUCUUGCGAGCCUUUGCUCAACUGGGCUUCAUCGUGUCCUACAUCGGCAGCAACAGCAAAGCCACCACGGUCGCGUCACUCUUGGUCGUGGAUAGACUCUUUGUGGGCAGUUCGCUCUUGAUGCGCUCCAUGGCUCGAUUGGGACUCGCGAUGUUGGUCUUUGAUUUGGCUCAUACUGAAUCUUUGAUGUCUCCUCGCAGUGUGGGUUGCAUCGAACUUCCAUUGCCAGUGUUGGGAUUGGCUCACAUCAACUUCUCCAUUCCACUGCAAAGCAUGUCACAGCUGGCAUUCUUGGCCUUGGCUCUGGGACUCCUUCGCGUGGGCGUGCUUCUGUUCACUUCAGACUUUACUCAUUUGGAACCAUUGAUCUCGGUGCGGAGCCUUGUGCGAGCCGACUUUGCGAUCUUGGUUGUGGACUUGGUGAAACUGGAACUCACGGCAUUUUUGCACGCGUUCGCAUACAUUGCUUCACCCGUGCCACUCUUUGACUUCUUGCAACUGGACUUCUUCAUGUCCCCACACACGCGUGCUCACUCUGCUUUCUUGCUGUCAGCGUUUGGUAAGGUUUAUAUCGG